AUGGCCGCCUCCAAGCCCCUGCCGCUCCGCCUCGCGGUGCCGCUCGCGCUCGCCCUCGUCGCCAACUUCCUCUGGGCCUGCUCAUCUCGUCGAGCCUCCCCGCUCUCGGCCUCCUCUUCCAGAAAGGUGAUGCGGAAGCGCGCCAAGGCGGUGGGACACCUGAACGCUACGUACGCAGACCUGCCGGCGCCGCACUGGGACUGGGAGGAGAUGCCCGCGGCGCCCGUGCCACGCCUCGACGGGGCGUCGGUGCACAUUGGGGAUCUCCUCUACGUCUUCGCCGGGUACGGGGACAUCGACCAUGUCCAUUCUCAUGUCGAUGUUUACAAUUUCACUUCUAACACAUGGUCCCAAAGGUUUGAUAUGCCCAAGGAGAUGGCACAUUCUCAUUUAGGAAUGGCCUCAUAUGGUAGAUACAUUUAUGCAGUUUCAGGACAGUAUGGACCACAGUGCCGCGCCUCAAUCAAUCGCAACUUCGUUUUCGACACAGAGACUAGAGAGUGGCAGGAGUUGCCUCCUUUACCACUUCCUAGGUAUGCACCAGCUACUCAGCUUUGGCGUGGGCGGCUCCAUGUGAUGGGUGGAGGCAAAGAGGACCGUCAUGAACCCGGAUUGGAGCAUUGGAGCCUUGCUGUCAAGGAUGGCAAGGCACUGGAGAACGAGUGGCAAACUGAAGUACCCAUACCACGUGGUGGACCUCAUAGGGCAUGUGUUGUAGCUAACGAUAAACUAUUUGUUAUUGGUGGACAAGAGGGAGACUUUAUGCCUAAGCCAGGAUCACCUAUUUUUAAAUGUGUACGGAGGCAUGAGGUUGUGUAUGGCGAUGUGUAUAUGCUAGAUGAUGGUGCCAAGUGGAAGCAACUGUCUCCAAUGCCAAAGCCAGAUUCCCACAUUGAAUUUGCAUGGGUUGUCGUUAACAGCUCCAUAGUAAUUGUUGGUGGAACUACAGAGAAACAUCCUAUCACUAAAAAGAUGAUUCUUGUUGGUGAAGUCUUCCGUUUUGAUUUGGAAGCACUGACCUGGUCAGUCAUUGGGCGCAUGCCUUUCCGAAUCAAGACAGCCUUAUAUGGGUACUGGGAGGGUGGCUCUAUUUUACUUCUGGGCAGCGAGACCGUGGGCCUGAUAAUCCAGCUCCAAAGAAAGUUGUUGGAAGUAUGUGGAGAACGAGGUUACACUUGUGAUGGCCGAAGUACUGUUGCAGCCAGGCCAUCGUGUGGACCCCUGCCGGCCGGCUCGAUGAGUUUCCGGCGGUUCCUGUACUUGGUGUCCGACGUCGAAUGCAUCGAUGGCAGCUGCUCCCUUCGCGGCAUCGACACGUCGCGCCUCUUCUUCCGUGCAUCGACGCCGACGGAUGGGGCACCAGUGCCGCUCGACAGCAGCGACGGCGGAGGAGCUACUGAUCCGUCAGCGGCACAUGACGGCGGUCGCCUGCCUGACCCCGCAAUAAAGCUGUGCUCUCCUAUCUUGCCGCGCAUGGUCGGUGGAGUUGGGUUCCUGCUAUUCAAGAACAAGGGCGCCAUGGGAGGGCACGAGCACGACAAGUUGGUUGCCGUCGACCGCACGGGCUGCAGCUUCAUGUGCGACCCUGAAGAUCAGCCCUUCACCGUCCGUACCCUGCCCAGCCUGACCGCUCCCAAGUUCUCACCCUUCUCCCUCACCGUCGGCCAGAGCCUGUACGUCAUGGACACGAACCCCGUGCCCACCAACGGCGGGCAGAGGCACAGCUUCGAGGUCCUCUCGCACGCCGACCACCGCACCUUCCGAGGCAUCAAGGACUGGUGCUGGCGGCCUCUCGACCCGCCCCCGCUCGUGGACCACCCCGACAAUCAAUGCCACUCCAUCGACUCGUACACUGUGGACGCGGGCGGCUCCAGCAUCCUCGUAUCCAACAACGCCAGCCGACUCACCUACAGCUUUGACACGGCGAGUGGGGCGUGGAGCAAGGCCGGCAACUGGGUGCUGCCGUUCACCAACCUCGCCGAGUACCUCCCCGAGGACAGGCUCUGGUUCGGGAUCUCGCCUGUCGAGGACGACUGCCGCUUCUGCGCCGCCGCCGCCGCUGACCCUGUCGCACCGUCGUCGUCGGUGGCGAUGAAUAAGCCGCCCGUGGUGCGCGGCGUCUGGAAGGAGUACGCCGAGCCUCCCCCUGAGUGGACACCCGCAUUGUGCUACGCGGUGCACUUGGGCUCCUCCAAGUUCUGCAUCGUCAGGUUCUUCUACACUGGCAAGGUCUACGUCUGCCCGGAGAGCCACCGUUCGUACAAGAGGGAGGAGGAGCUCCAGGCGGUGAUCACCGGUGUUGAGGUGCAGGGCUGUGGCAGCCACGGCGGCGGCGACGUCCAGGUGGUCAGGCACAAGUCCGAACGUUACAAGGUCGAUGUCAGACUCUACUACCAGCUGCUCUAA